AGACCUUCGUUAGUAAUCCCAAGAAGGAGAAGAAGAAGAAGAAGAAGAAGGAGAAGAAGAACGGAAGGACGAUCAUGCUACAAAGCUAAUAGUGUCAAUAAUGAGUGCUCAACUAAAAGAUGUCAUCAUCAAGCCUGACGCUCCCAGCUYUCUGCUGCUGGACAAACAUGCAGAUUACAUCGCAGCCUAUGGCUCCAAGAAGGAUGACUAUGAGUACACGCUGUCGGAGUACCUGAGGAUGAGCGGCAUCUACUGGGGGCUGACGGUGAUGGACCUGAUGGACCAGCUGCACCGGAUGAACCGCCAGGAGAUYGUAGAUUUCAUCAAAGCCUGUCAGCACGAGUGUGGCGGCAUCAGCGCCAGCAUCGGACACGACCCUCACCUGCUCUACACCCUCAGCGCCGUCCAGAUCUUGUGCCUGUAUGACAGUUUGGACGCCCUCGAUGUGGACAAAGUGGUGGAAUACGUGAAGGGGCUUCAGCAGGAGGACGGCUCGUUUGCAGGAGACAAAUGGGGAGAAAUCGACACGCGGUUUUCGUUCUGUGCUGUUGCUACGCUGGCAUUGCUGGGAAAGAUGGACACGAUAAACGUUGACCGAGCCGUGGAGUUCGUCUUGUCUUGCAUGAACUUCGACGGAGGUUUCGGCUGCAGGCCGGGCUCAGAGUCUCACGCGGGUCAGGUGAAGGCGUGUUGAUCUAAAAUGAUAUUUCCUGUAGCGAAGUUUCAGCUCAGAUGUUUGCGAUCACAGCUGGUCGUUCAGACAAACCUCCGUCUCUCUCAGCUUCCAGACGUUUGCUACUCUUGGUGGGUCCUGGCGUCUCUGAAAAUCAUCGGCAGGAUUCACUGGAUCGACAAAGCCAAGCUGCAGCGCUUCAUCCUGGCCUGCCAGGACGAGGAGACGGGAGGAUUCGCCGACCGGCCGGGAGACAUGGUGGAUCCGUUCCACACUCUGUUUGGUGUGGCGGGCCUCUCGCUCCUCGGCGACGAGGCGAUCAAGCCGGUGAAUCCCGUCCUGUGUAUGCCGGAGGACGUCCUGCAGAGGGUCGGCCUGCAGCCCGACCUCCUCAGCUAGCGCCCCUUAGCCAACGCAUCAUCAUCAUCAUCAUCAUCAUCAUCACGAUGAACUGAAACGCUGCUCCGCCCCCAGCCUGAGUCAUUACCACUACAGCUGCUCCCUGGAUGCAGAUGGAGAACCGCUGCUCUGCUUUUCAUCCAUCUGUGUUUGGAAGAAACCGUCAGAAAAUGACAUUCCUUCGUUUCUCAAGCCGUUUUUAGGAGGAAAACCUGGAAAUUUCACUCAUUUCCUCGCAUUGCAGCCACAAACUUCACUGCAGUUUAUUGGGAUUUUUUUGUGAUGGAUCCACUGGAAGUACUCCAUAGUUUGUGAAGUAGAAGGAAAAUGUUACAUUUUUACAAAUAAACAAAUUAAAAAUGUCCAAAGUUGAUGUUAUUCAUCCUUUUAUCAGGCUAGAGUUUAGUUAUGGAUGUCAAGAUGACCUGAACACCACAUGUUGCUCUUCUCAGGCUUUUAUUUGUGAAAAAUAUUUAMAAGUUUCACAAUUAUGUCUUUCUUUGUAUCGAUCUAAAACACAAAAUCUCAAUAAAUACUUUGUAGUUUUUGGUUGAAAUGUUAAAACAUGGUGAACAUAUUUUGAGGGGCUUCUGCUACGACUGCAACGAUUAUUUUAGUUAUCGAUUAAUCGAUUGUUCUGACGAUUAAUCGGAUAGUAAAACUGCCACAUUCUGCAGAAUUUUUAAAGUGUUUAAUCAUUAUAAAUCAUUGAUCAGAAUUUAUUAACAGUUAAUUGWUUAUUUAAAUGGUAGUUUAAUCACAAUUAUUCCAACAAUCACUUAUAGUGAUUAGUCAAUUCAACYGAUCAUGAUUAAUUGUCUCAAUARCAGAUUAAUCACAAUUAUUUAUUUCAAUAACGAUUAUUUAAAUAAUCGAUUAAUCKUUCCAGCUCUCGUUUCUGCCCCCCAAACCAAAAAUGUUUUCCAGUUUCAYCAUAAAAGAAUUYGAGUUUCUUUACAGGAAAAGRAAAAAUGUCAGAAGAUUCAGUUUGUUGUGCUCAGUAAUGAAACGGCCUAUUUAAAGUAAGAGCGUGUCUGUGGAGUCGCUGCACACCGUUUUAUGUCUCCAUCACACCAACGUGAGCGAAGCUGCUUUGAUUUUAACUAAAUGUUAUGUUUGAUGUUCCAGUAUUUAUUGAAAYCUGUCGCUCUGCAGGAAAAUGUUCACUCAACAGAUUCUUCAGUUUCGCUCCACAUCCGUAAAUCACUGUCAGUAAUAACUGCUGAGUGUGUUUUGUUAUAAAGCUUUAUGAACGAACAUCAGUGUUUUAAUGUCCGAAUCCAAACUAAAAACUAUGAUUUGCUAAAUUAACAGUUACUAUAGAAAUAGUUUGUUUAUAAAAGGGUUACUAUGUUUWAAUAAAUUAAAAUCAAUUAAAAAGA